CUCUCUCCCUCUAAGAAAACGCACGAAGCAUAGACCCGUACCCGUUUGAGAGAAAACAGAGAAAAAAUGGCUAUGGCUCGGGCGAGCUCGGGGCUCCAAUACCCCCAGAGGUUUUACGCGGCGGCCUCCUACGCCGGCUUCGACGGAUCUCCUCGCUCCGCCUCCAAAGCCGUUCGCGCCAAGUUCAGCUCCGAGUCCGCUCUCAUACUCUACGCCUUGUAUCAGCAGGCUACCGUAGGGCCUUGUAAUGCACCGGAACCUAGCGCUUGGAAUGCUGUUGAGAAAAGCAAAUGGAGCAGCUGGAAGAAGCUUGCAGACAUGGCUUCCACUGAAGCAAUGCGUCUUUUUGUGAAAAUAUUAGAGGAGGAAGACCCAGGUUGGUAUUCAAGAGCAUCAAACUUUGUUUCAGAGCCUGUGAUAGAUGUACAAAUGAAUCAAAAUUCAAGUAUUCAGCCACUUGUCGAGAAUGGUAACUCUUUUCCCGAGACCAAGACAAUCUCCACUGAAAAUGGGAGCAUAGUGGAAGCUCAGGAUAAAGAUGUUGUCUCUGAAGGCUUUGGAUCAGUUGUUGUCUAUGAUCAAUGGACUGCACCUCCAGUAUCUGGCCUUCGCCCAAAAUCCCGAUAUGAGCAUGGAGCAGCGGUUAUUCAAGACAAGAUGUACAUCUAUGGUGGAAAUCACAAUGGUCGUUACCUAAAUGAUCUCUAUGUCUUGGACUUGAGGAGUUGGAGUUGGUCAAAGAUCGAGGCCAAAUCUGUGGCCGAGUCGGUUGAGGCACCCUCACCGGUAACAGUAACCCCAUGCGCGGGUCAUUCGUUGAUACCUUGGGAGAAUAAACUUAUUUCAAUUGCUGGACAUACAAAGGAUCCAACUGAUUCUAUUCAGGUGAAGGCAUUUGAUCUACAAACUUGCUCGUGGUCAUUGUUAAAGACUUAUGGGAAACCGCCGGCAUCGCGUGGAGGUCAAUCCGUGUCUCUUGUUGGAGGUAAUUUGGUUAUUUUCGGGGGACAAGAUGCAAAAAGAUCUCUCUUGAAUGACCUGCAUAUUCUUGACCUAGAAACAAUGACGUGGGAUGAGAUUGAUGCUGUAGGGGUGCCUCCUUCUCCAAGGUCUGAUCAUGCUGCUGCGGUCCAUGCCGACCGCUAUCUUCUUAUAUUUGGUGGUGGUUCUCAUGCCACUUGUUACAAUGAUCUCCAUGUCCUUGAUUUGCAAAAUAUGGAGUGGUCAAGACCCACACAACAAGGUGAAAUACCAACUCCACGGGCUGGACAUGCAGGUGUAACUGUUGGAGAGAAUUGGUUCAUAGUUGGUGGUGGUGACAACAAGAGUGGCGUUUCAGAAACUGUUGUCCUAAAUAUGUCCACGCUUGUUUGGUCUGUUGUAACUACUGUUGAAGGGCGCAUUCCUGUUGCUAGUGAGGGACUAAGUCUGGUCGUAGGUUCUGACAAUGGUGAAGAUGUCCUCGUAUCAUUUGGAGGAUACAAUGGGCGUUACAACAAUGAGGUUAACGUUCUUAAACCAAGCCACAAGUCAACCUUGCAAUCGAAGAUGACGGAAACUCCUGUUCCAGACAGUGUUUCUGCUGUGCAUAAUCAAAGUACUACCAGAGAUGUGGAGUCUGAAACAGGGCAAGAAGGAAAAGUCAGGGAAAUUGAAAUGGACAAUGUUGACUCAGAUGCCAUGAAAUCAAGAGGCAAGGGUACCAAUGAACAUCUUAUAGCGACCCUCAAAGCAGAGAAAGAAGAAUUAGAAUCAUCACUCAGCAAGGAGAAAGCGCAAACUCUCCAAUUAAAGCAAGAUUUAGCAGAAGCAGAGACUCGCAACACUGACCUGUACAAGGAGCUUCAAUCGGUACGUGGUCAACUAGGAUCUGAGCAGUCAAGAUGUUUCAAACUUGAGGUUGAACUUGCAGAACUACGACAGAAGCUCCAAACAAUGGACACAUUGCAGAAAGAACUCGAACUCCUCCAGCGACAAAAGGCUGCAUCCGAACAAGCAGCACUAAAUGCUAAAAAGCAGAGCUCAGGUGGCGUCUGGGGCUGGCUUGCCGGAACCCCUUCCAAUGAAAAAGCUGAUGACGCCUAAAUAGAUUUCGAAACCAAUUGGCAGUAGGGAUUGUUACUCGUAAGAUUCGGUUCUCAUUAACUUUUCUUUUAAUACCAUUCGACAUGAUUUUGUUUUACUCAACCAAAGUUCUUUCCUGGGAUAGAAGAAAUAAAGAUAAUACGAGGUUCUUAUCGGCGAGAGAGGGCGGGAAUCCCCUUCGGGGUUUUUGCGUGAAUACAUACAUGUACUGCAAUUUCAGCUAUGUAGUUUCAUGUCUGUGAGUGCUCAUGUUAUUCUUUUGGGUCACAACUUUUUGUUGUAGUUUGUAUUUAAAGUGAAUAUAUCAAGUGGAGAUGUAGAUCUCAUUUGUUUAUAAUUUGUUGUCUAAUGGAAGUAUAUUUGAGUGACCCUUCA